AUGCCGCAGAGGGCGGCGACGCACCCGUUCUGGGCGGCCAUGACCAGGAAGAGGCAGGGUGAGCCAGAGCCACACGUCGCCCCACUCGCCCGAGUACUCGUAGUCCGUGUGGCCCAUCAUCUUGGCGUAGAGGGUCCACACGCCGAAGAGGCCUCCCACGCCAGCCACGCCCUGGAAGACCAUCAGGAUCAGCAGAGUUCGGACAAUGUCUGGCCAGAGGGCAAACCCGCCGCACUUGUCGAUGACGAUUGGGCCACCGACGACCCCGAUGGUGCCGCCCACUCCAGUCACUACCAAAAACAUCGUCGUUACCCAGCUCUUGUCGAGAGGCUCAUUCUGUCCCGUCGCCCAGAUGGCCAUGAAGCCUGA